CAGGCCUUCAGCUGCCAAGUGGAUGGGAGGACUGUAUUUGUCAGCUGUUUGCACACUGUCUACUCAGAGGGGAUCUAUUACAAGUGCUCGAAUGAACUGGCAGCUUAGAAACUAGCAGCUUCCCAGGAGCUGCAAUUCCAUAAACGUAUUCUGAGUAUUUGAACAACACGCCCUACUGAGUCGCGGCAACAUGCAAGGAUCAGCUAUUGCUGUGCGUCAGGAGAGACUGAAGAAGACCAGUCCACGGCUAACUCCCCCGGGUUUGUUCACCAUUAACGAGGAAGAUGAGCAGCAAAAGAAUGGAAAUUCCAGAAGCCCGAAAGCCUCCGAAGGCUCCAAAGGGCAAGACCAGAAAACCGCAGCAUCCAGCCACCUCAGCUCUGCUACUUCAGGACAGAGUGGCAACCAUUCAGGAAAUAAACCAGACCCUCAGCCUGUUUUAAGGGUUGAUGACCGCCAGCGUCUGGCUCGAGAGCGGAGAGAGGAGCGAGAAAAACAGCUCGCUGCAAGAGAAACAGUAUGGUUAGAAAGAGAAGAGCGAGCCCGUCAGCACUACGAGAAACUCCUGGAGGAGCGGAAAAAAAAACUAGAAGAGCAGAGAUUAAAAGAAGAGAGAAGACGAGCUGCUGUAGAGGAAAAACGAAGGCAGAGGCUAGAAGAAGAUAAAGAGCGCCAUGAAGCCGUUGUUAGGCGCACGAUGGAGAGGAGCCAUAAGCCGAAACAGAAACAAAUUAGGUGGUCCUGGGGAGGACCUCUUCAUAGCAGCAGCGGCAACCACAUGAAUAAUGCAGAUCCAGACAGGCGUUCUGUUUCAACAAUGAAUCUUUCGAAACAUGUUGAUCCAGUAAUUAGCAAGCGGCUCUCCUCUUCAUCUGCGACAUUACUAAAUUCUCCAGACAGAGCUCGCCGCCUGCAACUCAGCCCGUGGGAGAGCAGCAUUGUUAACCGGCUUCAGAUGCCCACCCACUCGUUCCUGGCCAGAAGUAAAAGCACAGCAGCCUUGUCCGGAGACCCAGUUAUCCCUAUUUGUCCUCGUUCAGCAUCCUGCAGCCCCAUCAGCAUUAUGUCCUACAAAGCUGCCCACUGUAGAAAUCUAGUGGACCGUCCAAAGCUCUUUGUCACAGCACCUCAGGGGACGGGCCGCAGGAGGACUAUCCACUCGACGAUGGGGGACGGAAAGGAAAAGGAGAGAGAAAAUUCAUCCUUGCUUUGCACACCCAGCCUCCGCAGGGCUCAUUCUCCAACCAACCCCAAAGCUAGGUCGCCAGCCCUCUCCCCAGUUUGGCUGCCAUCCAAGUCCUUUCCUCAUCUACCUGGCACGCCCAGACCUGCGCCUUCCUCGCUGUCCAGCUCAUCCAAAGCUCAGCCCCGCCCCCCGUCCCCUGGCAACAUCAGACCCAGCAAAAAAGAAGGCAAAGCUGAGGGUGAGAAGAAAAACCAAGAGAAGGAACCCGAAAAAGUCAGGGAAGAAAUCUCAGGAGAUAGUAAAGCCUCUGUAGCAAGCGCCGGCGAUGCUGCCAAGGGAGAGGGACUGCCUGGAAAACCCCCAGUUACUCCAGCUUCUCCUGCCCCGGCUCCAGUCCCAGCGGGGUCAACAUCCUCCCCUACUUCCAUCAAAACCUCGGCAGGGACCACUGAUGCGGAAGAGGCCACCCGAAUUUUGGCCGAGAAUAGGCGGCUGGCUCGGGAGCAGCGAGAGAGAGAGGAACGGGAAAGAAAGGAGAAAGAAGACCUUGAGAGGCGAAAGAAGGAAGAAUUGGCCCAGAAGCUGGCGGAGGAGAGGGCUCGCCGAGAGGAGGAAUCCCGCCGGCUGGAGACCGAACGGAAGGAAAGAGAGCAACAGCAGGCCCGGGAAAAGGAAGAGCAGCUGCGUCAGCAAGCGGAAGAGAGAGAACAGAGGGAGAGGGAAGAGUUGGAACGAAUUCAGAAGCAGAGGGAGGAAGAAGCUCGCGUGCGUGAAGAAGCGGAAAAAAUUAGGCAAGAACGUGAAAAGCACUUCCAGAGAGAAGAACAGGAACGCCUAGAAAGGAAGAAGCGACUUGAGGAGAUUAUGAAAAGAACGAGGCGAACCGAAGCAGCGGAUAAGAAAGUGAAUGAGCAGAGAAAUGGAGAUAUUUCGAAGGGAAAUAUUCCUGGAGGAACAGGGCUAUCUCCACCUCCAUGUGGAACAGACUCUCCAAAGAAUGAAGAGUCAGGAACGAGCCCUCAAAUGGCUAUUGCUCAUCAGCUGACAGGAUCCAAGGAUGGCAAUACUGAAAACCAGCCAACUGAAAAUGGAGUGUCUUCGCAGAAUGAUACUUUUGAAGAAAUGAUCGAUUUACCCAUUGGCUCUAAAGCAAACAGACUGGAUGCCACAAACAGCGAUGGAAGCCCAGAAAUCCCUUUGACUCCAAUUUUAGCCUUUGAGGAUAAGGGAACUUUAGGGUCAUUGCCUCAGGUAGAUAGUGUCCAAACACAACAAACUGCAGAAGUUAUCUGACCAUUUCUUCUGGUGAACCAAAGGUGAAAUUUAGACCGACAUCUACAGUUGAUGGAUUCCUUCCCCACUAUGAAGGAGUAGUUUCCCCCACCUCCAGUUUUCUAAAAAAAUUCUCAAAUGUCUUUUUUGAAAAGACUUUAUUAAAACCAGCUGCAGAAAUAUUAGGGAAUAGACUGGAUUCCUUUUAUAGUAGUUUUCACCUGUAGAAAAGAAUUCAUGCUUCAUCUGUGCUGCUUUAAAAUGGUUUUUUCUAAUGGGCUCCUCCUUAGCAAAUCAAUAUUUUCUGCAUUCUUAACAAUUGAAAGGCACUAGGUUUUGAAAAGAAAUGGGCAAUUAGGGGGUUUAAAAAAGUGAUUUUUUUUAAGAUGUGUAUUUUGCUUUUAAAAGCUAUAAUGUAAAAUUGGCAAAAGAAAAAAAAAACUUACCUUUUACACACCUAAUACUUGAAAAACUAUAUACCUCAUCACCCUAUAGGUAGGGCUAUUUGAGGUGUUUCUUUUGAGCCUACUGGUUUAUAUAUUAUUGCAAAUAACCUUAUUUAUACAACCAAAUAAACUGGCUUCUGUAUCAGGGUCUCAAAAACAUAACUCCUACUUGGACAUUCUGUAAAUUCAAACAUCAUUGUUUUCUUCUUGCAUCUUUAAAAAAAACAAACAAACAAAGGAAAGGUUGGAAGAUGUGAAAAGUGAAAAGCAUUAUUUUUUCAUGAAGAGAGAAAAUAAAUCCUGUGAAGUUCUCUUACAGUGUAUUUAUGAAGUUUGUCUCUUUAAGGAAAGGGAAUUCAAUAAAAUAAGAAAACCAUGGAAAACGGCAUUGAAAAUUUGACUUAUUGGGUUGGUUCUCAGAGUACCGUAAGAGACCUUUGACAACAUCAAGUUCUCUAAGUCCUGUAAAUUGCUGCUGUCCUCAGUGACAAAGGAGUUGUCUCUUGCCUUAUUGGAUCAUGAAGCUACAUGGGGGAAAUCCGGUUUUGAGUUUUCUUUCAGAAUAAAAGAAGAACUUGGUUUUGCUCGUUUCAGAGCAGAUGGAAUGUUUUCUGUGUUUAUUGUGCAGUUCUCAGAUGAGGUAUGCUUGUAGUAGAGGCUACUGGCUUGACUUUCUGCCACUUGUUCUUUUUUUUAAUCCAGUUUUCAUUCCACACACUUCACUUUUGCUGCUACUGAGCAUGACUGUAAAGUAAGACACUGCACUUUUUUCCUUUAUAGACAAUGCUCUUAACAGUGAAAAUAAACUACUGAUUUUGUUGUGUCUGAAAUGCCACUAAUAAACAACUUUGCAGAAAGUCUAGCAAAGGCACUCUGAGGGAAAGAAUGACUUUUAUAUGAAGAAUAUUUGAAACUUUGACUAUCAAAUGCUACAGGGUGUGUAUUUUGCAUUAAGGGGAUUGGUUAAUUACUGAAAUUCAGCAAGGAAUAUUUCAUCUAUUAGAAAUGAAAAAAAUUCAGUGUGUCAUAAUGGUAUUUGUUAAUCUGGUGUAUUUUAGAAAUAGCUGUGGAACAGUAAGAAUGAUUUGGGUUCUUUUUUCCUGGUUUCUUUUAAAGUUGUCCAUGUACAUAGAUGUCUUAUUAAAAAAAAAUCUGAUCUAAAUAUGUCUUUUUCUUUAAAUUGUCAGAACACGGGGUUCAAAAUAAAGUGUGUUUGAAGUA